CCGCUGUCCAGCACUUCAGCACUUCAGCGCGAGCGGCGGCGGCGGAGACAGCGCGAGCACUGCGGACGGUCCGGCCGGAGCCCCGCGGCAGCGCGAGCGAAACAACGACGACACGGGAACGCGCACCUCGACCGCGAGCAGACUGCUGUGGCCAUGUACGACGGGGCGAGGGUUCCCUCCCCUGGGGAAGGCGCUAAUGGGGUCCCCCUGCAGCCUGCAGCUCGCCCCACGGCUGAAGAAGAGCCCGAGGAAGAGGAGGCUGUGCAGCAGCCGGAGCCUGUGCUGGUGAAGAAGGCUCACCGGGAGAUCCUGGACCAUGAGAGGAAGAGACGGGUGGAGCUGAAGUGCAUGGAGCUGCAGGAGAUGAUGGAGGAGCAGGGGUAUUCAGAGGAGGAGAUCAGACAGAAAGUGGGGACGUUCCGACAGAUGCUGAUGGAGAAAGAGGGAGUCAUAACCAGAGAGGGAUCCCACCCGAGACCACCGGUCACCGUUCUGCCCCACGGCGAUGGAGAGGACGCUGAGGGUCACCCGUUCACCGCCGGCUAUGAGGAAGGAUACAAAUGGCAUUCAGAUUACUACGACCAAGAUGCUCUCGCAAAAGAUGAGUACAGAGAUAAGAGGAAGUCCAGCAGCUCACUCUCUCCUCCGCCAAAGAAAAGAAAGAAGAAGAAGGGCAGAAGACACAGUCGAGUUGACAGCUCCUCCCCCACUCGGCGAGGGAAGAGGAAGAAGAGCAGCAAAAAGCACAAGAGAGACAGGUCGGCAUCUGGCUCCAGGAGAAAGAGGAGACACAGGUCAGGAUCUCCAAAGAACAAACACAAAGACAAGAGCAAACUGAGAAAGAAGUCUCCAGUAGAGAGUGCCAGCAGGAGGCCUCAGCACAGAGGAAGCUGCUGCAGCUCUCGUAGUGCCUCCGCCUCCUCCAUCGCCAGCAUCUCCAAAUCCCCCAGCAGGUCGAAUCAGAAGCACAAGACGGAUGAACACAAGCCCUGCGGGAGGUCCAGCCACAGUCCGUCCCCUUCCCUCGGCCAGGAGCACGCCACCUACCGGCAGAACGGCCACCACAGCAGCAGCCGAGUGAGGAACGGCAAAGACUCCGGACCCAACCACCUGGAGGGAGAGAGAGUGAACGAUAGGUUACGCUCAGUGGCUUCAUCCUCCCCGAGUGAAGCACAGAGGCAGACGUCGCCUAACGUAAGGGAGGUAAAGAGCCACGGCGGGGGACCGCCUGUCGCAGAGGCGGGGAAAGGGGAGGAGAGGCAACAGCGGGGGGCCAAGCACCCCUCCGAGCCGCCGGGCAGGCGAGGCGGCCGGCCGCGGGCUCAGGAGAAGAGCGGCCACUCUCCGGCUCACAGCAGUGACUCUCAGCUCGACCUCCAACCCAAAGCUAAGAGCGCACAUCAGAAAAAAGCGAAAGGGUCUCAUUCGUCAAAGAAGCACCACCGUGGACGGGGUCCCAACCGCCACCGGAGCACAUCGGCUUCACCAGGACGCCACAGACACGCCUCCGGCCGCAAGAAGAGCAAAACCCAAGGCAGUGUGAGGCAGCGCAGCAGAUCGUGGAGCAGCGGGCGCUCUUCUUCACGCUCCAACUCCAGAGAACACGCUGCCAGCAAGACCAAAUCCCCACACCCACGACAGAACAACUCCAGGGAAAGGGACAGUCCUCAUUACUCUGAUGCUGAGAGAGCUCGCCGGCGUUCCCGCAGUUACUCUCCCAUUCGCAAGAGGAGGAGAGACUCACCAAGCUUCAUGGAGGCUCGCAGAAUCACCAGUGCACGCAAGCGUCCAAUCCCAUACUACAGGCCCAGCCCCUCCUCUUCCAGCUCAGCCAGCAGCUACAGCAGCUCCAGCCGCAGCCGCUCCUACGACAGCUACAGCAGCUACAGCAGGAGCCGGAGCAGGAGCCGCAGCAGGAGCAGGAGCCGGAGCAAAAGCAGCAGGAGCCGGAGCCGCAGCCGGAGCUUCACCCGCAGCCCCAGCCAAGCCCACAGCUACUACAGCCACAGCAGCUACGAGAGCCCCGGCUUCUGAGAGGAGCGCAGAGACAGCGGACCAGUAACAAAAGAGAGUAAAUAGAAGGAAUGGAAAGAAAGAAAGAAAGAAAGAAAGAAAGAAAGAAAGAGAGGAUGAAUGAAAGUCAAGAAGCAGUCGUGAACAAGUAAUCCAAAUAAGACUAAUACGAAUAUUCCCCUCAGCUCUGUGUUAAACGAAAAGCAAAGAGACGGUUUUAUGAGAGCGAAUCAGGGGGCAUUUUGUUAAAAAAGAAAAAACGAAAAUCUGACGUCUGCAGUUACAUUUUCUUAUAAAACCGCCUACUACAACUAUCCACGCUAUCACACCCUCACCAGAAACAUUGAUAUCUUCUGCAAAUAUCGAUGCAGUAUCAAUGCAGCAACAUCACAAACACAGACGGCACCACGGACGCCAAAAAGCCAAGAGAACAAAAUGAAGAAAAGCACUUUCCAGUCUGAGAAAGCCUCUUCCAAGUUGCAAAGAUAACCAAAAAAGGGUCAGCAGAAGCAGGGAUGGAUUUAUAAAGCAUGGGUACAGACCUCUACAGGGCCUCCUACACCACUAUAGUCUUUGUACACCCAAUAUAAAGAUGCUUUAGAGGGUUUUGGUAAUUUUUGGUAUGUAGCACACUACACGGCCAUUCAGUUAGAUAAAGAGCCUUAAUGUGGUGUUAACAUGCGUUUUUGGUGAUUGGAUCAUGACUGGAUUUUACUCGUACAGUGUGAACUUAUACUACUUUGGUAGAUGUACAUCCAGAUUAUAUCCAUAAACCUGGAUCCGAAUACACAAUACGCAUGCUAAUGCCAGUGUAACCAUUCUAGGCCCUAACCAUUCAUUUAACAUCCAUCGAGAACAAAAAAACGAAAAGGUUCAGAUUGUGAGAAACAGCUUAAGAUCUAUUUAAAAGGUUCUUCAUAAACAUAUACAGUACCUAUAACUACAUUUGGCCUCAUUCACCAAAAUGUUCUUAAAUGAGAAAAGUAGUACUGGAAAGUCUAAGCCAGAGGUUCAUGAUGGGGGUUUCAAACUACAUAAUUGUUACAGCUCUGCUCUUACAAAAGUAGAUCCCGUUGUUGUCACGAACUCAGCAAAUGGUGAAUAAGAAAACCCUGGGGACGUUCAAUAUCUUGGUAAAGUAGGUUUUCUAAGAAUAGGUCUCUUCUUAAGAAUAGUUGAACCAGUUGUCACACCUUUAUUUAUAAAAGUGCACUGUUGCACCUAUUAAUUGUCACUAUUAAUUGUCACUGCAACACCACAGCAUGUCAUUAGAGCCAGUUCAGCUGUCCACAGUAAGGCUAGAAAUGUACGUGUAACACAUGUACACAAAUAUUUUUAUUUAUAAUAUACCGUUUUUUCAGACUAUAAAGUUUAAAAUCCUUUAAUUUUCCCAAAAAUUAACAGUGUGCCUUACAGUACAACAUUAUAAGCAUUAUCCAUUAGCAUUAGCCGCUAACCGCAGCGCUAGCAGCUCUUUCGCUGUUUAGAGGCGAGUAUAUUGGACUGUAGUCUGUGUGUUUGGGAUGUUUCAACAAGCUACGUGAGACAAACCGCUAGCUACCAGAACACUCAGGGUUCAUCAGGGUUUAUGUCCCGCUAGUGCUGUGGUUAGCAGCUAAUGCUAAUGCUGCUGCACCCAGCCUUAGUGCUGGAAAAACUUCACUGAAUACUCACCUUUAGGCAAAAUAUUGAAAAUCUAAGCUUAAUAUAAACAAACUGAAGCGCUUUACUCACCCAAAUAAACAGUUUUCAGGAGAGAAAUCUGUGUAGAUUAACAUCCGGUGCACCUUAUGUAUGAAAAAUAUGGUAAUUCAAAUAAUUGCACCCUAAGUGUUCAGAGUACAGAGCAGAAGACAGAAAAGUACUGUCAGCACAGUUACUGGCUUUGGUGUUGGGAAUAACUUCACAAAACUUAACACAGUAACAGAAUUGCUUUUACUUAGCAGAUCCGUUCACUUACAGUACCUUUGUUGAGUUUAUUUUUGGCUUAAAUCUUCAUUCAGAACACUGAGGGCCUGUUGAUUUUGUAAUUAUCUCUUGUGAUGUGGCUUUCACAUGUUGAAUCUUCUCAAAAGUUCUCAAAAAAAGACUAAAAAACACCUACAUCCAAACUAGUAGGCUAAGUUUGACAACUGAUGUAAUUUUUUUCUGUAUUGUAACGUUAAAUUCAAAGCUUCUGGCCAACAUGAAUAAAAAUGGAUAAAAAUCCAUUCUAGUCAGGGCUCCUUAUAGAGGUUCGUCCCCAGUCGGCCCAGUGUGAGAUCCGUCCCUGAGUACAGUACGUAACAGAAAGGCAAGUGAUACCAGGAGAAGGAAGAAGGACCAUCAGAGCUCCAGCAGAUAUGAAUGUAAAGAGCUAGAGGAGAAGAGAAGAGAAGGCCGUUUGCUGGACGUUUGCGUGGACACUCAAACAGCUUCAAAACUGUCGAACAAACAAAAUCGAGAACAAACGAUGAUUCUGUUCACUUUAACUCCUGUUUUGUUAGUGGAAAAGAGAACUGUGUGCUUUUUCUAAACCAUGUAUUAUAUAACUGUAACGCACGCCGCCACGGUGCUGCCGUGCGAAGGUCUGAAACUGCAAGCUCUGGCUGUAAACUAUGCACUGUAUAUCCCUCACUAUAACUGCGUUAGGCUUUGUAUGUUGGGAACGUUGCUAAACGUUAGCAUGACGCUAAAGCGUAAGCCGAGGAGAGGUCGCAAACGCGAGUGUAAAUUUCUCUUCUACUCCUCCUAUAUCUUCGGGUCUUGUUACCAGUUCCAUAUCGGAUGCACCUGUACGUAGAGAACCUUUUAGGACUGCAUUAUUUGGGUCGACCCGUUCGUCACUGUUCCCCCGCCGUCCUCCGGCUGCGGGGGUCAGUGCACACGCGGUCAUAUCGCUACGUAGAGCUUCGAAUCAUUUAGUUUUAGUGAUUUAGAGUUCGUUUCUGUACAGUUGUUAUAACCUUCGCUGUUUUUUGGUACCUACCGCCCCCACCGACCCUGAAACCAGGCUGCAAAAAUACACCCGCACACGUCUUUUUUGGACCUUAUUUAUUAUUAUUUGUUAACUAUGUAACUUAUUUAUUUGCUUAAUUUAUAAUUGAUUGAUUGUGUUAUUUAUUUCCUAUUUAUUAUUUAUUGUGUAUUUAUUCUCUGUGUAUUUAUUUCUCACUUUUAAAGGAGUUUUAAAGAAUGCAUCCCACGAUUACCAUGCUCAAAAAUUUUGGAAAUUAAGGAAAAAAUAUAUAUACAUUUUACUCCCUAAUGCAUCAAAUCAUCCCUGUCAUGCAAAAGUCUUGUAUCUCCAUUGUUGACCUCAUUUUUGACCUCAUAUUUGACAUAAGUUGAAUGUGCACGUUGUUUUUUACACAUUCACACUUUUUCCAAGAAUUCCAAGAAUUUUAAGAUGCAUAGACUAAUAGAAAUGCUCCAAAUUGACGAAAAGGUGGCCUGCCACAAUAAUUAUAUUAUUAUACAAUAUACUGUAUAGACACUGACUUCAAUAUAUUUGCAGUUAUGAGGAGUGAUAUGGUGAUAAGUGAGAAGAUCAAAUAACCAUAAAUGAGUUGGUGUCACUUUAAUUGUUGAUUUUGUUUAAAAUCAUUGGUUUAUUUGAUAUUAUGUUUUAUUUAAGUAUGAUAUUUAGAAAUUGUAAUAAUCCAGUGUCAAUAUUAAAUAAAAAACUCAAUAAUUAAGCAUUAACUGCUCUUUUAAAAUGUAAAAAUCCAUUAUAAAGCUAUUAUUGACAAAAACUGACAAAAUGGUUAAUCGUAUGAAAAAGUCAUGACAGGCCUGUCUAAAAUAAUAAUAAUAAAAAAAAAGUUAACAAGUUUUUCCCUUCUUUCUGUAAAGUUGCCAUUUUGGAGAUACAGAGUACAAGAUUCUUGCAUAAUAGUGAUGAUAUGGAGUCCACUAAGACACGCUACAGAAUCUUCAGAUCUGAGCUUUAUUGUGAUGAGAUUUUUUCUUGAUCUUAUCUCUAAGAUUAUCAGAACGUGUAGAACUCAGCUGGUCUUGAGUUUGAUGUUUUUCACACUGGUUCAAAAGGGCAGGACUCUAAUUUGCUCUGUAGGAUUUCUCAAAUGAUUAUUCACAUAUAUGCUCUCGUUCUUCCCUGAGAAAAUGCCUAGAGCGAGUCACAGGAGUCUCCAGCUGUGUUCCAAGGCCUUGACUUGUAAAGACAUUGAGUUAUUUGUAUUUAUAGUAAAUAUAGAGGGUAUUAUUGUGGAAAUAAGCUCCUUUAGUCAGACUGAGUGGCAAAACAUUCUUCUUGGGUUUACCUGCUUCGAAUUCAACUGUUCUGCAAUUGGGUUCAACAACCCUCUGGGCUGGAGAGCUACUAGUCUGUAGCACUCCAUCCCAUUACACUUCAUUUUACAAAACAGAUUUUUUUUUGUGGACCGCCACAUAAUGGCUUGGAAACUAUCUGACCUUUGACCAAACUUAAUUGCCGACCCCUGCACUAAAAUAAGAGAUUAUAUGCUCAAAUUAAAGGCAGUUGGGUUUGAUAAUGAUCCAUUGAAAUGACCAAAGAACCAAUAGUCAGUGGACAUCAAUAUGUGGCCAGAUCCGGUUUUCUGAUCAUUUUUAUUUAACUGAUUUCAACACCAAGGAUGGACACCAAGCAAAGCUUUAUUUCAGUUGGAUUUGAGUUAGUUCUAUGAAUUGCAGCACUCUAUAAAGCUUUGAGCACUCUGUAAAAACAGAACUGUUUGAGGUCUUUCCCAUUUUGUGUUCUAACACUGCCACUCAGUCUGUCUUUUUGCCACUUAUUGGGCGUGACCACAUUGACUCCCACCAACUGUAACAUCACAUGCAUGCCCUCUCUAUUUAUUUUUAAUUUCCAGAAGAACAAAAUUAUGAAAACACAAGAGUCACAGUGCUUUGAUUGGUCCAUGGGUCUAAAGCCCUGCCACUAUGAUCAGGAGAUUGCUGGAGGGACAGCUGCCGGAGCCCUGAGAGAGCACAAUUUGCCUUACUCUCUCUGGAUGGGAACAGUAGAUGGCGCUCUUUCUCCUUAUCACUCCUAGGGUGAUGCAGAUCAGCACAAGGCUGCGUCUGUGAGCUGAUGUAUCAGAACCGAGUCACUGCGCUUUCCUCCGAGCGCGGUGUGAUGCUACUUGUCAAUGCAGCAUCAGCAGCAGUUAAAAAAAAACAGGUGGUGGCUGACGUCCCAUGUAUCGGAGGAGGCAUGCGCUAGUCUUCACUCUUCUUGUGUUGUGGUGCAUCACUAGUGAUGAUGGGACAAUUUGCCAAACUAAAUUAGGAUAAAAUAGUAGAAAUUUUGAAAUAAUUAAAGAAAAAAAAGGCUACAUUUUCUCUCACAAUUUUCACGAUGCAAUUUUAAAAGGCUGGACCUGUCUGGUUACAUCACCACAGUCCUACUGAGGACCCGCUCUACCACAGCUGCAGUCAAGGCUUUGGAAAGCAGCGAUUAUUCCACAGGACAGUAAUAAUUAGUAAAUACUCGUAAUGCCUAAUACUCCUGUGACAGUAAACUCCCUAAACAGUAUAUUGCUUUUACUGGGCUUGUCAGAUGAGCAGAUGAUGCAAUCAGGGAACUCCCUCAGUCUUCCUCCGCCUCCACAAACACCGCCCACCUCUCUCACACACUGUUCACUCCGUCAUCCUCCAUGUGAUUCAAUAACCAGUUCAGUAAAGAAACGAUAUAGCGCUUAUCAUGGGAUUGUAUAAAAGUCAGUAGAUGUAGUGUACUAGUUAUUAUUAUUAAUAUAAUACAAGAAAAUAAAGUCUAUACCAACAGAAACCAAA